AUAACGCGAUUAAAUCACAGCAAUUCGCGUGAUGCUGAAUCCACGUAUAACACAAGUGAUAGUAGAGAGCAUCUGUUCACUGUUCAAAGUUGUAUCGCUUUGUUCGGAUUUACGAAUGACGCCAGACGCAGUCAUUGACAUGUGUCACAAAUGUACAGACAUCAAUUUUGUCAAUUAAAUAACAAUUUAUUUGUUUUAAUCAUAGUUCAGUCAUGCCCGAGGCGAAUCAUCCUUCGGACCAAUAUUCGACAUGGGUGGGACUUAUAUACAUUUUCAAUCUCAUCGUCGGCACCGGAGCCCUGACACUACCUGCAGCUUUCAGUCGGGCAGGAUGGGCGCUAGGUCUGACUCUCAUCUUGAUAUUGGCUUUCAUAAGCUUCGUCACUGUAACAUUUGUUAUCGAAGCCAUGGCAUCUGCAAAUGCUGUUGUGACGUGGAAGCGGAUUCAGCAACGCAAACGUACGCUGCAAAUGUCUGGCGAAUCAGCUGCGUCAAACUCUGAUUCUGAAGACACUCCUUUGGUUUCGACAACAGCUAGCAGCCCCGAACGGCAUUGCACAAACUAUCGUUAUUAUGCUAUACAGGAAAAAAUAGAAAUGGGAGAAAUGGCUUCGAUAUUUUUCACCAAAACUGGUGUGAUGCUGUUCUAUCUCUGCUUUGCUGUAUACUUGUACGGUGAUCUAAGUAUCUACGGUGCAGUGGUGGCUAAAUCGCUCGCUGAUGUGGCCUGCACUUAUCAGCCAGCUAAUUUAACUUGCAACGAUACAAUACCUGAUACAGAGGCUUGUUGGGAAGGCGUUGAGACCAACAGGCUGAAUGCCUAUAGAAUAUUUUUGACAAUAUUUGUAGCUGUGCUUGGUCCAUUUGUCUUCUUCAAUGUUCAGAAGACAAAGUACCUUCAACUCCUGACAUCUGUAAUGCGCUGGCUUGCAUUUACCAUUAUGAUUGUCUACGCUGUGCGAAAACUUGUAAUCGAUGGACCGCAACUUGAUACACCAGCAGCAAACAUUUCUGGAGUUCCUGGCCUUUUUGGCGCUUGUGUGUACUCGUUCAUGUGUCAUCAUUCGUUGCCAGCAUUGGUAGCUCCGAUAGCCAACAAGUCAACAUUAAACCGUUCUUUAUUUUUGGAUUAUAUUCUGAUAGCAAUAUUUUACUUGCUCUUAGCAUUAACUGGUGUAUUUGCAUUCAAACACUUGGAUGAUUUAUAUACCCUCGAUUUUGGACCCAGAGGUUCAGGCGAUUGUUCAAAGAGUGACAACAUUUUCAUAGUUCUGCUUGAAUAUUUCCUUGCCUUAUUUCCAGUUUUUACCCUCAGUACAAGUUUUCCAAUAAUAGCUAUAACCCUGAGAAAUAAUUUACAAUCGUUAUUCCUGAGCGAUGGUACUAGCUAUAAUCUCUGUGUUCGAAGGCUGAUAUUUCCCGUUAUGGCGAUAUUACCGCCGUAUUUAAUCGCUUUAGCUACUAAGGAUUUGUCGGUCCUGGUCAGUAUUACCGGUUCCUAUGCCGGGGCAGGCAUUCAAUAUUUAAUUCCAACCUUGCUUGUUUAUGCAGCAAGACAACAAACAACUAGAACCAUAGGUUCUGGUGUUAUGAAUAACUUCGCAAGUCCAUUCAGGACGAAUUAUUGGCUAAUAUUUGUUGUCAUUUGGUCAAUUACUUGCAUGGCUUUUGUAUCAGUGAAUUUAAUGGAAAAACAUUUAUUAAGAUCUACAGUUAUGUAGACUACCACCCAUACUCCUGAUAAUGAUAGGCUUACAAGGCUGAUGCUAGCAACCAGGAUUCGCAGCCAAAUGUUCUAACGUUCAUUCGAAUAAGAUAGCUAAGAACGAAAAUCUAAAUUUGUAUAGUACCUUGAAUUCCCGAUACGUUUAUAGAAUUAUGAAGAUGAAACUGAACUGCAUUUUUAUAAUUCUAAAAAGUUUAACACGUUUGGCUGGUAACUCUGACUGCUAGCUUCAGCUUCAUGACAGGCUUCACAUUUGUUGAAUAUAGACUUCAUAUCAGCUGUAUAUAUUUAUCAUUUUUUCCGCGUGGCAGUUGUCAAUCAAAAAGC